GGCGUGUAUCCCUUCCCGCCAUCCAUCGUCGCCAUCAUUCCAGUGGAAGCAGCAGCCCCUUCUUCACGUCAUCCUCGCAUUCAAUGAACCGUCAUGUUUCCACAUUCAACAGAAGGCCACAGCUGAGUAAGUAAAAUUACCUCUCCACACAUCAAAUCUAAAAUUACUCUCCAUCACUCAAAACAAAACAAAAACACCCUCCAAAUUAUUACAGACUCCUAAAAUUUAUCCCAACCCACCAUGAGAAAACCCACUAAACCCCCCCCCACCUUCCACCCAUUCUCAAUCCUCAGAUCCACCCUUCUCCUCCUCCUCCUCUCCAUGGCGUCCAUCUUCUUCCUCUCCCUCUUCUUCUUCCUCAACCUCCAACCUCACUCCUCCGCCGCCGUGGAGAUCAACCGAGCCUGCAAUGCAACGCGCUACCCACUCCAAUGCCACACCUCCCUCAUCCCCAAACUCCUAACCAACCCCACCCCUCUCCAAAUCAUCCAAUCCACCAUCAGAGCCUCCACCUCCAAUCUCGUCACCGCGCGAUCCAUGCUGCACUCCGUCCGUGACGCCUCCCGAAGCAACCGCACCCGCACUACCAAUGUAAAGAGCUGUCUCCAGGUCCUCCAUUACUCCCGCCACCGCAACACCCUCUCCCUCGCCGCACUCCGCCGUGGCGCCACCAAGGAUGCGCGCGCCUGGAUGAGCGCCUCCCUCGGCUACCAGUACGGCUGCUGGAACGGCCUCAAGUACAUCAACCACACGGCGCUCGUCGCCCAAACGAUAACGUUCCUUGACUCUCUCGUCAUCAUUUCCAGCAACGCUCUCAGCAUGAUGGUCUCCUACGACCUCUUCGGAAACGACACCGCAUCCUGGAGGCCGCCGAUCACCGAGCGCGACGGCUUCUGGGAACCGUCCGGGACUCAGGGAUUCGGGACGGGACCCAAGAUACCGGAGAAAUUGGAGAAAUCGACGGCGAACGCUGUGGUGUGUAAGAGUGCGGGGUGUUACCAGACGGUGCAGGCAGCGGUUAGGGCUGCGCCGGAUCGUGCGGAAGAGAGAUUUGUGAUAUAUAUAAAGGAAGGGGUUUAUGUGGAGAGGGUGAGGGUUCCGUUGAAGAAGAGGAAUUUGGUGUUCUUGGGGGAUGGCAUCGGUAAGACGGUCAUCACGGGAUCUGCUAACGUCGGCCAGCUCGGCAUCACCACCUACAACUCUGCCACCGUCGGGGUUGCUGGGGAUGGAUUUAUGGCAAAGGAUCUGACAAUUCAGAACACGGCUGGUGCUGAUGCUCACCAAGCAGUGGCCUUCAGAUCAGACAGUGAUCUUUCUGUGAUUGAGAACUGUGAAUUCAUAGGCAACCAGGACACUCUCUAUGCUCAUUCCCUGCGCCAAUUUUAUAAAUCUUGCCGCAUACAAGGCAACGUGGACUUCAUCUUUGGGAACUCGGCAUCAAUCUUCCAAGACUGUGAAAUCCUAGUCCAGCCUCGCCAAGGCAGACCAGAGAAGGGUGAGAGCAAUGCUGUUACUGCACAAGGUAGGACAGACCCUGCUCAGUCAACAGGAUUUGUUUUCCAGAACUGUACGGUUAAUGGUACGGCAGAAUACAUGGCAUUGUAUUAUAGCAGCCCUACAACUCACAUAAACUAUCUGGGGAGGCCUUGGAAGGAGUAUUCUAGAACACUUUUCAUCCAUACAUUCAUGGAAUCCCUUAUCACACCACAGGGAUGGAUGCCAUGGACCGGGGAUUUUGCUUUGAAUACGCUUUAUUAUGGGGAAUUUGAGAACUCAGGACCGGGUUCUAAUCUGAGUCAGAGGGUGCCCUGGAGUAACCAGAUCCCAUCGGAGCACGUGUUCUCAUAUUCGGUGCAGAGUUUCAUUCAAGGAAAUGAUUGGGAUCAUGUUGUCGUCAGUCAUUAGGUCGUCCUAGGAGUGACCACGGAGUGGUGAAUAUGAGGAGGGAAUGAGGAAUGAGAGUAGGGAUAACUGAGUAAUGAAUAUGAGGAGGUACUAUUUUAGUAACUGGGGAAUGUUUUCUCAUCCACUUAGGAACAGCCAAAGAAUUCAAAUGCCAUGUUGUUUUGGUAGCAGAUACUGAGGGUUGAUACUUAAUCCUACUCAUUAUAUUGUGUAGACCCUGGAUUGAAUAUAUUUAUAUUUUUUUCUGCCUGGUGGUUGUCAUAAAAUUUUGAAUUGAUGAAGAACCACUAGUACAUUCAAGAAAUUUGUUUUC